GAAGAGUCUCAGCCAGCCGUGAGAGGGGGCCCUGCUUUUCCCUUGUCACUGCGUCUGUGGUGGGCAGGGUGGUGGUGAGCAUGGCCCCAGAGCUCCCAUGGCUCCCUGUGCGCCUCAUACUCGCCUGUACCCUGCUCAGGGCUCUGGCCACCCAAGAGGUGCGGCAGUUCCCCCCCUACACGAUUGUCCCCGAGGGAGGCUCCAUCAGCAUCACCUGCUCCAUGAGCGGGCCCCUGUCCGGGGUCUUCCUGAGGCAAAGGUGGCCGAAGCCCACCAGUGUGAUUUACUACGAAGACAAGAAGCCGCCCACUGUAGAUGAGCGCUUCCGAGGUCGCGUUGCCUUCUCCGGGCUGCAGCACAACCUGACCAUCACCCUGAGCCACCUGCAGAUGUCUGACACUGGAGCUUAUGCCUGCCAGGCGGUCCUGGAUGACAUGGUCUGGGGCCCUGACACCUUGGUGGUGGUGACAGACAAAGUGUCCCAGGAAGCAGACACGUGCCAGAAGGCUCAGCUGAUCUCUGCCUUCCCUGUGGUCCUGGCGAUGAGCUGCUUCUUCCUCGGGCUGGGGAUAGGGGCAGUGUGUGUGCUGAGGAAGACACAGGUCAAGAAACUGUGCUGCGUGGAGGAUAAGAACUCAGCAUGUAUAGUGUACGAGGACAUGUCCUAUAAAGGCCGAAACAGGAUGUCCACCCCCAACGAGUACCAGUGA